AUGAGUUCUUGGCAAGGGUUUGGGGGGUUAUUCUGUGUGGAUACUACACUACCUACUAUACCAGAGGAAGAGGAGCCGCGGGUUGCAGAGGGUUCUCAGGCUUCAUCUUUAGAUAUGAUGUCAUAUGCGUGGGCGGACUCGCCGCUUACGAUGGUUUCGGUAGAAAACGUCGAUGACGACGGUAAUAGUGAUAAUGAUGAAGAAGGAGUGUACAAUAUUAUCACAAGGUUGGUUGAUAUGUAUGAUGCCGAUAUUCGAAAUCAGGAAUUGCACUUGCGGUUUAUUAGAGAAUAUGUGAAUAUUCUCAACAGUCAGAUUGAUACCAAUAUUCUACUGUCGUUGCGGUACUUGCAGUCGAUGAUGCGCCCGUUGCAAGAGGUUGUCAAUGGAGUAGGCAGAGACCGGUGUGGGAUGGUGGGUGGGAGAGGGGCGGUAGUGUCUUGGGGGUGUGAUGAUGAGAAUUGUCCUCCAUGA